AUGGAGAAGGAGAUCGCAGAUCUUCGGCUUCGCUUAGCUAGCAAUGCAGAUGAGCAACUAGCUGAGCCUCAUGCCAGUGACGAUCUUUCCCCAUGCUCAGAUGUGUUCGCACACCAGGAUCCCUCUGGUUUAAAUCGAUCUCGGCCAGUAUCUGUGCCAGUGGAACCACACUCUUCUAUCACUACUCCAUUGACCGUGCAAAGGUCUGGAUCUAUUCUGUCACAGGAAGAAAACACCCCAUGGAGGCUGGAGGACAUCACCCUCUCCCGAGCCCGAGUAGCCCGCUUAUUCGAACAAUACUUCACUUACUACCAUCCAUUUCUUCCUCUUCUCAACCCCCCAAAGCCACCUGAGGCCUAUUUGAACCGAUGUCCCUUGCUUGCGUGGACUCUCAUCUGUGUGGCUAGUCGAAGGUCUCCAUGUGAACCUGGCUUGUUGAGUGCGCUGUCAGGUCCAUUCAAUCGUCUGCUGUGGUCCACUAUCACUAGUGUGCCGCAGAACUACCGUGUGGUCAAGGCACUAUGUGUUUUGUGUACAUGGCCUCUGCCAACGACAAGUCAAAGGACAGACACGACUUUUAUGCUCAGUGGCUUAAUGAUGCAGAUAGCUAUGCAGUUAGGGCUGCACCGCCCAGUCCAAGCAGAGGAGUUCACCACAUUCCAGAUGGAGGUUCAAGGUGAAGCAUUAAAAGACCGUCUUCAUACGUGGGUCAUCUGCAACAUAGUUGCUCAGAAUGUUGCGACUGGCUAUGGGCAGCCUCCAAGUACAAUAUACGAUUGGGCUCUGGAACCAGCAUCGUUGAAAGAUGCUGACUAUCACCUACCGGAUGACUUGGCCAUUCGGCUACGCAUCGAGAAAUUUUGCGAUCGUGUCACCAAAUCCCUGUAUAGUAGCAAACCCGAGCAGGCAGAAUUUAUCAGCGUCGAGAAGCUGGUCCUUGUGCAAAUUCUUGAAAGUGAAUUGAGAGAGAUGGAAGUCGAAUUUGGUCAAGAAAUAUCAGCGAUCAACAGGAUUCAUUUACGCGCAGCAGAACUACACUUCCGGUAUUUCCUGUUCCUCGGAUCUACCACACGGAUUGACGACCUCACUAAGCUGUACAUCGCAACAACGUCGUUCCUGGGUCGAGUUCUUGAUCUCGAAACAGCGCCAGGCGAGUUGAUCAGCCACUCCACCAAUUAUAUUCUUCAAAUGAUCGUUUCGGCGGCCUUUGCUCUGAUGAAACUGUUAAAGAGUAGCUUCAGCCGGCAUAUUGAUUUCAAUCACGGCAAGCUGCUGUUCAAUGGAGCCAUCUCGGCUAUUCGCAGAAUCAGCGUCAUGGAUCACGAUCGACCCAUUCGCCUAGCUGAUAUCCUUGCGCAAAUGUGGAAUGCCACUGGCCCAGAACUCGCCGAUGACGAUACCCUUCAGCUCAAGGUUCGUUGUAGGAUGAGCAUGAGUCAUGUUUACGACACCGUUUGGCGCUGGAGACAACGUUUCAGGCCUAUCAAAACGAUAGAGGAAAUGCAAGCAGCAGCAGCAGCAGCGAACCAGGAUAUUACAACAACAACUGGCCCCUUGACACAGCAGCAAACUAGUUCUCUCGAAGACUCCUCUCUGAUGUUAGCUGCCCAAUUUGACGAAAGCGGCGGCUUUUUUGGCGAAGCUGGCUUCUCAGAAGUGUUCGACUCUCUUAACUGGGUUUUUGAUGGCAUUCCGGAAUCUUUCGUCGCUCCUCCGAUUCUGUGA